AAACAGUGUACAAACAUGAGAAAAGCAUUGAUGUCUGAACAUCGACUGGCGAUUACUUUAUAUCGGCUCUCCUCUGGCAUGUCCUUUAGAGCUAUUGCCAACCAAUUUGGGGUAGGGAAAUCUACAGCCUGUAAUAUCUACCAUGAAGUGUGUGCUGUUAUAGAGCAGGAGUUGAUGCCGAAAUAUAUCCGGUUUCCAGAGGGACAAGAAUUACUGCUGAAUGUGGAGAAGUUCAAGAUGAGAGGAGGUUUUCCUCAGGUGGUAGCUGCCAUUGACGGCUCCCAUAUUCAAAUUAUUGCCCCAGAUGAGCAAGCACAAGAUUAUUUCAAUAGGAAGCAGUUCUACUCAAUAAAUCUCCAGGCAAGUGUUGAUUCAAAUGGACUUUUCUGCGACACACUCGUUGGAAUGCCUGGUAGCGUUCAUGAUGCUCGUGUGCUAAAAAGAUCUGCUUUAUAUACAAAACUAAAAAAUGGAACGCUAUUCAGUGUUAACAGACCAGUGAAGGUGCAGGGUGUUGAGGUACCUUUAAUGGUAAUCAGUGACCCAGCAUAUCUCCUAAUGAAAAAUCUUAUGCGACCCUAUUCCGGGCAAAAUAGAUUAACACCGGCGCAAAAUCGCUUUAACUACAAAUUGUCACAGUGCAGGGUUGUGGUUGAGACUGCCUUUGAUAGAUUAAAGGGGAGGUGGCGGCUCCUCCUUAAUAAAAACCAACAUGACAUUAGGAAUUUGAGACAGCCAUAA